AUGUACGAGGAAGUCUGCCUUCUCUGCGGCAAGCCCGUCAACGUCGAUGGGCGCGCCUACUGCAGCGACGAGUGCGAGAGCCUUGACACCACCUCGCGCUCGGAUUCCGCUACCAGUAGUGCUUUUACAUCUCCCUAUCUCCACUCCAUGAAUGGCACAGGUAUCCUCCCGGACGUGCCUGCACUUGUACCGUCCGCCCUUGGUCGGUCGGUCAACGGCAGAAGCGCCCUCAUGCACGCUAAGAACCGCCUCUCUAUAUCCUCGUCGUCUAACUCCUCUGUUACCUGGGACACCUUCACUGACGACGACGAGGAUCCGUCCAACUUCGGCCUACACAGCAGUAACGGUGAUGACGACUUCCACCAUGCGGAGAUGCUCAGUGCCGACGUCGGGAGCUCAAAGUCUCCAGGCCCUAUGGGUCAACUAUCAUAUGUACGCAGGCCGUCCUCCACGAACAACCGGUCCACCAUCCCACUACUCCAUAGACGAACAUCUUCGAUAUCUAGCCCGUCGAACGCGGACGACAGCGCAGCUCAGAGUGCCUUUGCACCCACCUUUUCCGCAGAGGACGACUACUCGGACGUUCCCUCUGCCUCGAUCUCCUCGUCGUCCUCCGCCCGUUCGCAAGGCAGGCGUUUAAGAAAAUCCGCAGGGGGGGACUGGGAGAAGGAUCCGGAGACCAUCACCGCGAAGUCGAAGCGCAACCGUGCGAGCCUGCCUGCAUACUUUUCCCUUCUCACGUCUGCCGCCUCUCCGACAUCUGUCCGUACGCAGCGGCUCCCAUCGUCCAUUCAGACGCUCACGGCGAUCUCACGGUCGCUCCAGUCGUCCCCGCCCACGCCGCGUGUUGCGAACCCCAUCCUUGACCCCACGAUCGCAUACGCGCAGCACACCCGCGCGCUCGCCGUAGAGGCGGCUCCGCGUGGUCGCGGACGCCAACGCGACCCCAAUGCACGCUCACCCUCCUGUGCGCACCGGUCCCCCGGUCGUUCUCCUGCCUGUCACGUCCGCCACACGCGUGUUGAAGCUCAGAUGCGCGCACGGCUCGACAGCGUCGAAAAAGUCGCGGACUGGGUGUCGAACAGCCCGGUUGUGGGCGCGCAGGUGCGCGGGCGGACGCUCACGCGGCGCAACAGCUCGCCGCCGCCAAAACCACGGCAUGAGAUGUUGCUUGCGGACGCCAUGUUGGACCCGGACGUGGGCGGCCAGCUUGAUCACCUGCGGGAGGCGCUCGCGCGCAGCUUGCAUGUGCGGGUCGAGGAAGAGCGAGUGGAGCACGGGGACGACAGGCGAGGGCGCAGGCGGGCGGAGGAGCUCGACAAUAUCCCGCAGGGCGUUGACAGGUCUGCGCCGGGGUAUGGCAGCGGGCGCAGCGGGUUACGGGCGCGCGAGCGUGGGCGGCCCUUUCCGAUGCGGUGA